GUCAGAGCUACGCGCGGAGGAAAGCAGCGCUGCUAUUGGGCAAUAUUUUCGGGUCUGCCGGAGCCCUCCCAUCCGCCUCCCUCUCCCUCUCCCUCCGUAUCACCAUCCUGUCAGCCAGAGGUGCUCACACCAUCCGGGAUUAACGCUCGCAAAAAUGUGAUUUUGGACCGAAGCCCACAGCCCAAGUCAGGUGUUCGAAAGGUUUCGUGCUGCUAAUCUGGACGAUCUGCCUCUCUCUCUCUCCCUGUCUCUGUCUCUCUGUGUGUCUCUCUCUCUCUGCGGGCGGAUACGAGCCGGAGCAGCUCCUCUGUCGUCCUCUAAGGUUUCCUGUGGAGGUUGUCGGACGGGACAGCGGAGCAUCGACUUGAGGUCAUCUUUACUCUACACCACCCCCCCUCUCCUCCGUCCCAGAGAUGCUGCCCUGCCUGCGGAGAGUGCUCCGGCCCGCCCUCUCUUUGAGAGCCGGCGCCGGGUUGGCCACAGCCGGGCUCAACAGCCACCAAGCAGCCGCCGGAGCGUCCCCGGCGCGGUUCGCCCCGGAGCCGCUCUUCCCGGCGGUGGUGCAGCGGUGUAACCUGGGCACACACCCGCUGAAGGAGCCCGUGGAGCCCCUCAACUCGCCCCGGGGAGCCAAGGAGUUUAUUUAUAGCCUGCAUCCGACUGAGCGCACCUGUCUGCUGAGGGAGCUGCACAAGUUCGAGUCCAUAGCCAUAGCUCAAGGGCAGCUAGAAAUUGCACCGCCUACUGCAGCCCAGUUAAGAUAUGUUCUGCUGCACAAUGCCCUCCCGUUUGUUGGAUUUGGAUUCCUGGACAACUGCAUCAUGAUUGUUGCUGGCACACAGAUCGAGUUGUCUAUCGGUGUGAUCCUCGGCAUCUCAACUAUGGCCGCUGCUGCCCUUGGCAACCUGGUGUCUGAUCUGGCAGGGUUAGGGCUGGCAGGUUACGUGGAGGCCUUGGCGUCGCGGCUGGGGAUGCAGAUUCCCGACUUGAGUCCGAAACAGGCUGACAUGUGGCAGACCAGAGUCAGCUCCCACUCGGGUAAAGCCAUCGGCGUCGGCAUCGGCUGUAUCCUCGGCAUGUUUCCUCUACUGUUCUUCAAGGACGACGACGAGAAGAAGAAGAAGGAAGGCCAGACGGUGGCGAAGGACGACACACAACCGCCACCUGCUCCGACAGAGAGCAGCAAAAACUGAAACUGUCAACCUUGCCGGAGACAAAUACUAUUUGGAAUCCGUUCGAAUACUUUAAACUGGGGCCGGUUGGCUGGUGUCUGGUGGAUCGGAGUGUAUGGAAGUGCAUGGGGCCCGGUCAAUCUAUGAAAGGUAUUCUGAAGGGGAUUCUAGAUAUUAUUUGACUUUAGACUCUAAGCACAGGGACCUCACCUGUCUCCUGACAAGAGACGGUUGAUUCAAUGGGCUGCUGCUACUCCAGCUGUCGCACCAUAACCUCACCAUGUUUUUGACUGACUGACACGGGCUCAAACUAAUUUAUCUUAACACACUGCAGUGACCUCUCUCUCUCCUCCGCUCCGAGUCUGUUGAAAAUAUAAACCUGUGACUCUAGAUGGCAAGGAACAAAAAUUCAAAUCAGAGUAAGUUUCUUCCAUGGCGUUCUGACAUUGAAGGUUUCUUGCGGUGUGCCGAUGGCUUGACCUCAGCAGUGUCGAGAACUGUGCAUUGAAGAACUCUCUGUUUCCUGAUCAGUCUCCGAGGGUGAUGCAUCAUCUAAAGAGGAUCACCUGUGCGUAUAAAGAUGCUCCCUCCCGCAGCAAGUACUUUGUUUUGUUCAGUCUUAAAAGCAUGUCUGCCUUUUUCGAUGAUGUCAAAGUCUUAAAUCGAGCUGCCAGUCUGCCUCACACAUGCUCCGCGACGAGCAGCUAGACAAACACAGCUGGUUGUCUACACGCAAGCUGCUUCUUUAGAUUUUUUUAACGUUCAUUUGGUUGCUGAUUCACUUUAUAAGGAUACGCUCAUAUGCUUUCCGAUAAUCACCCAAGGCAGUAAUAGCACAAAAAUGUUUCCCCGUGUAUGUACUACGUAACCAGGAAGGUAAAGUUUCACAGAAUCUGUGAAAUUCCCAACAGUGGCCAACCUAAGACCUCUGGACUGUGGCUCCAGCACCACGUGAUUGAACCUCCCCAGCUCUGCAUCAACCAAGCUGCAGCCAAGACAGCACCAAGUCCUCUGUCCAGGUUAUGUUAUGGAGCCACGUAAGGAAAGCCAAGUAGAUAGUGCACUAAAUGAGACGAUAGUUACCCUGUUUCCAUUGCGUGAGUAAAAAAUGUUACUGCUUUUUAACACUAAGGCACAGCCACAUUUAAUCCUAUACCUAUAGAAAUAUAGUCUCUGCUCUACUGCCCUCCACUGGCAGAACAAAGACAAAGUUGUCACCUCAUGCUGUCACGUGCUUUUGAAUCUAGAUUAUCACCUCUGUACUUUUUCCUGUUUAGUAUUCACACCCCUCACAGUCCAGCUGCUGAGCUCCUCUGGCUGUGAUUUAACACUUUAUGAUUACUAAUUUUCAUCAGUGUUGUUAUUUUAAAAUGCAAACCGUGUCAUCAGCCAGCCGUGAAACACGAAGGCGAAAAGGAUGUGUUUCCAAGUCUUAACUAAGCUGUCGCCGAUUUUCCUAAUGAACCUUUUGAAGAGUUUUACAUCAUCAGAAGAACUGGAGACUGUUUUCGCGGCAUCAAAUCUGUUUAAAAGUGGGAAAAUGAAAGGAGUGUGUCACUGACUGGUAUUUAUUUUUGUUAUAAUACUCAGACUUGUAUUCAUGUAUGGUCUUGUUGAAUAUCCUCUUCAUCUCAAAGGACGCUGUCAAGAAUAGAAGAUGUUUGUCAGCACAAAAUGGGAUAUUUUCAACAGCGUUCGUCACCAGAGGGGACCCUUGCUCUAUGUUACAGUUCAUAACCAAACUUAUUAAGAUUCUGAAGAUUUACCCUGUAUAAGGUUGUUCUAGUUAUUUAUUAUGUGGGUGACAGUGAUCCUAAACAGUGAUAGAAUGAAGAAAAUGUACAGUAGUUAGGAUUUUUGAUCUGAAUGCUUGAUUUCCACCUUGCAUGCACUGUUAAUAAAAGAAAAACCCCUAUUGUACAUGUUAACUUUGUAAGGAUGAUAAUAAAAAAAGACAAUGAGUAUAUUAUAAAAUGUUGAAUCACGGCAGGAUGUGUCUCAGUGAAGGUGAUCAAACAUGAGAAACUCAGUCUGGAUUAAUGUGCAAAUGAUCUGGUUUUUUACUAUGAUCAGUUAAUCUACUAGUUGAUUGAAAGAGAAAGAGGGAAGAAAAGAAAUCGACUAUUAUUAUGAUAAAUUAAUUGAUUUUAAUCAAUUUUAAUUACAUUUUCAAGACUAAAUGAUUGAUUGAUCAAUGACCAAAUGAAUCAGCAGGCUCACAUCAUGAAUAUAAUCCUUAGUUGCAGCCCGACUAAAAAGUAACAAAGCACAAACUUUUAGACGGACGAUGAUGAGCACACUUCCAAAUAGGACUGUGUGUGGAGGAUUUGCAGGCAGAUAACAGAGCCCUCUGCUGGGAUGCGUACUGCUAAAUGCAGGGUGGCGGUUUUAGACGAUUGUGUUUAGUGAAUCUUUCUACAAUGAGCAGGGACAUAUGAGGAAAAAAAAACCUUUGAUGGGCAGAAUGUGAUGAUAGCAAUAGUUUCCAAUAAAAGCAGCAAUUAGCCUCCUCGCGCUGGACCAUUAAAUUGCCUGUCUCAGUGUUUUAAGACCGUCUUUAGUCAGUCGUGGUAAGAAAAUAUAACUUCAGUGUGAAAAUAGUGUAAUUAGGGGGGCUAUUAUCUUUUUUCCUACACUCACGUUGCACCGCAUCGUUGAACUUAAUUGUGCCGGGAGGAAAGCAAAAGAGAGCCACAGUUUGCAAAAACUCAGAGUCGAGGCUUCAACUUGAAACGAUUAGAUUACAGGCGCUAUUUUAAAUCAACAUGACCAGAAAAGGCACAUUAAAUGAAUCUUCAUGGCUUAUAUUAAUGACCCAUGGAAUUAUAUAAAUGUUACUGAUGUAGAUUUUUUUUCAUUAUUAUUAUUAUUAUUUAUCCUUUUUGUGUUUGUGUGGACCUGUCACCAUUUCAGAGAAUCUUGAAUGCUUUACUAGUUGGAAAUCUGGACAGACAGAAAUUAGUUAUGAGGCAUUACAUACACAGUUUGUAGACAGUAUUCUCCAUCCCAUUUUACACAGCUUGAAACCUGUGUAUUUGUGUAUUCUUUCUGAUCGUCCGAAGGAGCAUCAGUGUAGGAGUUACAUGCUAAAAUCUACAAAUGCAGAGUUUGGUGAUAUCUUGGAGCACCUUUCACCUGGUGUGUGUGAGCUGAGCUGCAUCGCUGGUCAAAAAUGACAUUUGCUGUAUUUAAAAAGAAAUCAGUGGUUGCUGUUGCAUCAAAAAGCUCUGAAGCUACAAUUUUCCAGGAGCAAAGAAAUUAGGCCUGGGUUUAAACUUAACCAUGGGGGGGUUCGAUUAUUAGCCAGUGGGCUUUGGUCUGAAGGUGGCAUCAGUUUUAUCAGUAAUCCUUCAAGCUCAAGUUAAAUUGCAGACGUCACAAACUAUAGAUAUGAAUGAAUUGUGUCUGUCGUCUGCUGGACGGUGGCACAGUAAUUGCUCUCCCUGAAAGGGAAUUUAUUUAUUUAAAGAUGGUGAGAUAACGUCUGCCUAACAUGGGCUCUUCCUCUGUUGUGAUAGUAUGGAUGACUUCAUUCUGUGACAUAGUUCGUGGGGCUAAAAGAGAUCACUCUUGCUUUCUGUCAGUUCUGUGCCAACACAUUUUGCGAUUUAUUUGGUUGUUGGGUUAGGGUUAUGUUGUAAACAUUCAGUAUGUACUCUGUACGUAUGUAAAAGGAAGGGAGAGAUUGCAGUUAACAUGAUAAGAUGAAUAUAUGAUAGAGGAAAAAUGGAGUAGAGAAUAAGAGUCUGUUUCUGUGUACUGUUGUUUUGAUUUUAUCUGCUUUGAUUAAACUAUUAUCACCUGGCUGCAAACAUCUGGCCCGGUGUCGAGUGUCCCAGCACAUUCUGCA